ACGCCAUGUCCACGUCCUGACAUACUAUCGUGGGUCCAAAACGGUCUGUCUUUUCCAAUACCGGAAAGGCCAAUUUCUUCCCAACACAGCAAGAAAUUAUUACGCUGAUAGGUUUCUGUCUUUCUUGUCCAAUUUCAUCUCAUCUUUGGCCUACUUUUGUCGGGAUGGUUUGUGGAUAUAUAAUGUAAGGAAAGGAUUGAGUGUUGAAGUUCAGUAUCCGAGUGGCCAAGUGACGUAGAGAAGCCGCUGUUUCUGAAUUUUGUGGUGGAAAUUUCCAAUCGUGGUGGAUAGUGGAUUUUAUUGUCGUGCAACUGAAAGGAACAGUCAUGGCAGUUGCCGUAGCCAUCAACACAAGUGAAGGCUUGCAGUACAAUGGCAAGGUUACAUGGUUGGUUGCGCUAUCUUGUAUUAUUGCAGCAAGUGGAGGCCUACUCUUUGGCUAUGAUACUGGAGUAACUGGUGGAGUGACAUCAAUGGAAUCAUUCUUGAAAAAGUUCUUUCCAGAGGUUUACAUACAGAUGAAAGAAGACACGAACCUAAGCAACUACUGCAAAUUUGAUAGCCAACUUCUGACUUCCUUCACCUCCUCACUCUAUGUAUCUUGCCUCAUUGCUUCUUUCCUUGCUGCAACUGUGACACGGGACUAUGGCCGCAAGCCAUCAAUCAUAAUUGGUGGGAUGGCAUUUCUCACUGGAGCUGUCCUAGGAGGAGUGGCUGAAAAUGUGUACAUGCUGAUAAUUGGUCGUCUCCUACUAGGAGUGGGGAUUGGUUUUACCAACCAGUCUGUUCCCCUGUACCUCUCAGAGAUGGCACCCCCUAAAUCCAGAGGAGCUUUCAACUGUGGUUUCCAAUUGUGUAUUGGCAUUGGAAGUGUAUUAGCCUCCCUCACUAACUAUGGCACGGAAAAGAUAAAAAGCGACUGGGGAUGGCGGAUCUCCCUAGGAAUGGCUGCGUUGCCUGCCUUGGUUCUAAUUGUAGGGGCACUAUUUCUCCCAGAGACCCCCAAUAGUCUUGUUCAGCAAGGCCGUGAUUAUGAAAAGGCCAAGAGGUUACUGGAAAAAGUCCGAGGCACUGAUGAUGUCGAAGAAGAAUUUGAUGACCUUGUAACAGCAAGUAAAGCUUCGAAAGCUAUCAAACACCCAUUCAAGAACAUUCUACAAAGGAAGUAUAGGCCUCAACUCGUGAUGUCGAUAGCAAUUCCAUUUUUCCAACAAGUAACGGGCAUCAAUGUGAUAUCAUUCUACGCUCCAAUACUGUUUAUGACAAUUGGUUCCGGAGCAAGUGCUUCUCUUAUGUCUACCCUUAUCCUUGGGAUAGUCGCAACAAGCAUGACCGUCGUUUCAUCCUUGGUAGUAGAUAAGCUAGGCAGAAGAGCUAUAUUCCACACAGGUGGAAUUACAAUGUUUAUUACUCAAGUGUUGAUUGGAGGAAUAAUGGCAGCCAAAUUAGGGGAACGUGGUGCAAUGAGCGAAGGUUACAACAUUUUGGUUGUGGUCUUGAUUUGCAUAUACAGUUGCGGUUUUGCCUUUUCAUGGGGUCCAUUGGGAUGGUUGGUCACAAGUGAGAUUUUCCCACUGGAAAUAAGGUCGGCUGCUCAAAGUAUAAAUGUCGGGGUAAGUUUUUUCUGUAGCGCCCUUAUCAGUCAGACAUUCCUGGCUAUGCUCUGCCAUUUGAAGUAUGCAUCUUUCUUCUUUUUCGGGGUGUGGGUGGCGCUGAUGACAGUCUUCGUUUACUUAUUAUUGCCGGAGACUAAGAAUAUACCGAUUGAGAAGAUGGAUACAGUGUGGAGGAAGCAUAAGUUCUGGAAGAGAUUUUACAAGGAAAACAAGAUUCAGGAGCCCUUUCUCUCUUCCCAUGAACCGAUCGCAUAGUUUGUACAUAAAAAUUUCCUUAGAACAGUGAAAUUAUUUGAAUAAAAGGGGAACAUGUGAAACCUUAGCAAUUUGUGAUAUAUGUGAGCAAAAAUCUGUACUGUGGCUGGUUUUGUGAGCCAUUGUAUGAUUUUUAUCUUUUCAUUCAAUGCUUGCACGCAUUGUUAUUCAAUUCAACUUUGUAUAUUACUUGUUUCUAAGUGAUCAUAACAAUUGUUUUCUUUUUUAUUA